UGGUUGUACAAUGCUUAAUAGGAGAGUGGGGCAUCAGAGUAUCAUUGAAACAAGUAAAAGUGCAGUCUGUUAUUACAUGUCGUUGUUUAGUGUGUCCUGUAAAACGUCCUAUUAUUAUCUGCCAUAAAAGGUCAUGGAGGACAUAGAAAGUGCCAAUGUAUAAUAUGCCAUUUAAAGUUCAUGUAAGGAGUCCCGGUUAAAUGUGUCAUAAAGAAUAUCAUUGGAAAGUCACAGUAGAGUAUGCAUUAAAAACAACAACUAAAAGUAUUGGCCUUUAUUAACAACAGAAGACUGCACUCCCUUUUGUUAGGGUAAGUUAUUUGUGUUGCCAGUGCAGAAUGUGUGCUGUGGGAACUUAUCUUUGCACGUUCCUCUAUUUCUGAAACUCAGACUGACAUUUUACCACAGACAUCUUUAGGUUUAUAUACAGAGUCACUGAAAAUAAAAGAGGUGUUAAACACCGAGCUCUGAAAAAGGAAGUGGUCAUGUUUGAACGCCGCCAUGAAGAGUUAAAGUAAAGCAGCAUCUAAACUAAUAGUGAUAAACAGUGCAGACUACAGCCUUUUACUGUUUUUAUGUAAUAUUCUUAUCCAUCUUUUGCUUCAUCUGGUGAAACGUAGACCAACUUCAGUGUGAAGUGCCUUUUUAAUCAUCUUUUAAUUGACUUUAAAGUUUAAAUCUGAUUUCUUGACAAAAGUUUGAAUUAUAGAAAGGUCUUUACCAAAAGAUCUCAGGACAGAGAUAAGAGAGGAGCUUUGAAAAAGAGAAGUUAAAAUCUUCCCAUCAUGCAAAGGUAAUAACAGGAAGAAGACUUGGUGGUGUGUUAGAACAAAACACGACACACACUGUGACCUGUGGCAUUGAGUAUUCAGGCAGGGUAACCGGGCAGAGACUGUCAUGUUUAUCUUCGUGAUUCUGGGGCUGCUGGUCUGCACUGAGGCACAAGGGAUCAGUGCUGGGACUGUGUUUGUGCUGAAGGGAGAGGAUGUGCCUCUGAAAGUCACCAAAGCUGUUGUUCUUUUGGAAUUACAUUUAUUGUCCUGGAAAUUUAAAGAAACUAACAUUGUGAGAUUCAAUUCUAAUAAUAAAAAAGACGUCUCUCCUAGUUACACUGGAAGACUUGAGUUUUCUGUGAUAGAUUUCUCUGUGGUCUUGAAGAAUCUACAAGAGGCAGACAGUGGAGUUUACACGGCUAUAGUGACAAAGCUUUCAGGAGAUGAAAUAGCAGCUCAAUACAACGUCAAAGUUCAAGAUCGAGCGUCUCUUCCUCUCCUCACAGUGGUGAAUAACUCUGUCUCCGAUAACUCCUCCUCCUGUACCUUAUCUGUGACCUGCAGCACACAGGACUCUCACAUCAACAGCACUUUGAGAUGUGACACCAGAACCUGCAGUCAAGAGGGAGGAGAGCCAUCAGAGGUGAUCCCUGACACUUUUCUCCAGGUCCUCCAAUCAAGUGGCUCGAUCAUCUGCAACCAUAGCAACCAUGUCAGCUGGACCAACAGUACCAUAAUAAUCAAAGAUGUCUGCACCAAACUCAAUCACCCAGGGAGACCCUCUUCUGAUAUCGAUGUGUGCCUGGUGAAGACGUGUGUGUUCUCUGUGGGUCUGAUCAUCAUGGUGUCUGCUGUCAUCACUGUUCAUCUCAUGGAGAGGUUCAAGAAGAACCAAUAAACAAAUAGUUCUGGUUCCCAGCCUGGGGUACGGGGACCCCUAGGGGUACUUAGGGGGAUUGCAGGGGGUGAAGAGCUCUAGUCUCAGCAAAAGAAGUUGAAACUGCUGGAAGUGAGUCUUAAUUGUAUUAUUUUCACUCACAAUAAGUGUACAUGUCAAAUUAAAAUGCAUCUCUGUUGAGGGUGAGUUAUAGAGUCAGAAAUUGUUCAUACAAGAACAAAUGUAGGUGAAGCAUCACAGCUGAGUGAGGGGGGUACGAUACCUACUAAAUAUAAUACUGUAGAAUGGUGACCAGCUCCAGGGGUACAACAAAGGUUGGGAACCACUGCUUCAUACAACCAAUCUUACAUAUACAGUAUCUCACACUCUUUCCUAGAAUAGCUCGUAUAAUAGGCCAUACUAUAACAAUACAGUGUGUCAUUAAAAAGUAUUUUUGGCCACAAAGAAAGGGUCAGAGUAUGAUAUGCUAUGAUACAAAUUAUAAGAGGCAAACAAAUGUCACAAAAAGUCAUGAAAGUUCUUUUCAGUACUGAAUGUGAUUCAAAAGUCAGGCAAUUUAUCAAAGUAGAGUAUUUGUUUUUGCUCAUUCAUGUUUUAUAGCAAGGCAAAAAUAUUUCAUUACAAAAGUUCAAGUAAAGUAUGUAUUAGACAUGUCAUUGUACGGUAUACAAAGUCAGGCCAAAUAUGAUAGUAUGUCGAACAAAUGGUUGUACAAUGCUUAAUAGGAGAGUGGGGCAUCAGAGUAUCAUUGAAACAAGUAAAAGUGCAGUCUGUUAUUACAUGUCGUUGUUUAGUGUGUCCUGUAAAACGUCCUAUUAUUAUCUGCCAUAAAAGGUCAUGGAGGACAUAGAAAGUGCCAAUGUAUAAUAUGCCAUUUAAAGUUCAUGUAAGGAGUCCCGGUUAAAUGUGUCAUAAAGAAUAUCAUUGGAAAGUCACAGUAGAGUAUGCAUUAAAAACAACAACUAAAAGUAUUGGCCUUUGUUAACAACAGAAGACUGCACUCCCUUUUGUUAGGGUAAGUUAUUUGUGUUGCCAGUGCAGAAUGUGUGCUGUGGGAACUUAUCUUUGCACGUUCCUCUAUUUCUGAAACUCAGACUGACAUUUUACCACAGGUAUCUUUAGGUUUAUAUACAGAGUCACUGAAAAUAAAAGAGGUGUUAAACACUGA